CGUGUUUUUUUUCUCACCUAAGUUCCCAAAAUAAAUACUGACAUUCCACUACAAGCUUUCUCUCAGCUUCAUAUCUAGCUUACCUCCACACGAUGAGCAAAUCGCUGUCAAUUCUCUGCUUCGGUAAUUCGCUGACAGCAGGAUACUACAAUUGGGGCCAGGACUACCAUCCUUACGCAUGGAAGCUGGAGAAGCGUCUCAAGGCUGCAUUUCCCACUCAUAUCCUCCGCAUCGAUGUCGACGGUCUCCCAGGCGACUUGGUCAAGAGUCCUCCAGGGCGCUUUCUGCCCCGCUUGCAGCAGAAGUGCGCAGCAACAUCUUAUGAUUGGGUGAUCAUACUGGGUGGGACAAAUGACCUCGGCUCUAUGUACCCCCCGGAGAAGAUCCUGCCCGCGUUGAAAGAGGCCUGGGCCACGGCUAUAAAAAGUGGCGCCAACGUCUUAGCCUUGACAAUCCCUGAAUGCGGGGCAAGGUUGCAGAGACUGAUCGAUGCCAGAGCGGAGCUGAACUCGCAAAUAUUGAAGCAUGACGCCGAUAGCUUUUAUGCGUUUGAUCUCCACAAAGAGAUUCCUUACCUCAACGCUACGAAGGAGACCAAAGCUAGAAUCUGGGAUGACGCAGUUCAUAUGAAACCAGAUGGCUAUGAUUUGGUGGGAAACUUGAUUGCCGACCAUCUAAUCCAGUUGCUUAGUUAGAGGCUACCUUGGGGAGAGUAGGAUGUUACGAAGCUACGCAGUUAUGAUAUAGAGAAGAAGAAUUCGCACAGCGUACAUCUUUG